AUGCCACUUUUAUUUGAUUGGCCAUUUCCUGAGAAACCAUCGAUAUUCUAUAAGGCAGCAUCGACAGUAACGAUUGGCCUUGCUGGAUCAUUAAGCAGACUUUGGAUGAAAUAUCUAACUUCAGUUCGAAUUGAAAAUGGCGAAAUUCUUCAUAAUGCUGUACUAAAUCGAGAUCCAGAUCGACCAUUAAUUACUGUGGCCAAUCAUCAUUCUUGCAUGGAUGAUCCAUUGUUGAUCGGAGCUACUCUGCCACAUCGUGUUUUUUGGAAUCGUCCACUAAUGCGAUGGUCUUUGGGAGCUGAUGAUAUUGUAUUUACUGUUAGAAAACAUCAACUUUUUUUCAGUUUGGGAAAAACAAUACCGGUGACAAGAGGUGAUGGUGUUUAUCAACGAUCAAUGGAUUUUGCCUUAGAACAAAUUAAUCGUGGUGAAUGGGUGCAUAUCUUUCCUGAAGGAAAAGUCAAUUUAACAAAAGAAUUAAUGAGACUUAAAUGGGGUGUUGGUCGACUUAUUGCUGAAGCUAAUAUUUGUCCAUUAGUUGUUCCAUUCUAUCAUCUUGGAAUGGAUUCAGUACUCCCAAAUCAACCACCAUACUAUCCACAGAUGAAUCAAAAAGUGAGCAUUUAUGUUGGUGAACCAUUAAUUUUUGACGAACUUGUACAAAAAAUGAAGAAAGAAAACCGAUCAUUAGAAGAAAUACGUAAAACAGUAACGGAUAGAAUUCAAAAUGAAAUAGCCAAAUUAAAAACAAAAUGUGAAGAAUUACAUAAGAAGCAUCUUGCUGAUGAUUCUACUUCUUCUUGA